AUGGCCUCUAGAUGGCGAACAUGGGAUAAAGAUUAUGCACUUGAUAUUUUGAAUGACCCGCAACCACUAAAUGAAACUGUUGAGCGAGCUGUGGUGACAUUUGGAAGAGGGAAAAUAAAUAUCAACUUAUCUGAAUGCUCUUUACCAGUUGUUGAGCCAGUGUCAAUAGCCGGAAACUUAACGUCAGUCUCGACUCUGUUGACUUCAACAAAUAUCCAUGGAAAAUAUAUAGGUCUCGGUCGAGGGAGGGGAAGAAGAUCCAAGUUUAUUGAAGCACAAGGCUCAUUUUCCCAGGAUUUUCCAGGAGAAAGACCACGUUUUCCUGGGGCUGCUGGUUUACAGUUGAAAAAGUCAUCACAAGAAUGGCCAGAGUUAAAAAGAAGCACAAGUGAAGAGAGAACAGAAACUACUCUGCAUCAAAAGUCAAAUCCUCCUGAAAAUGCUUCCAAAAACGAAGAGUGUGAUGUACAGAAUCCAGUCAAUGGGGAAAUAACAACAGAGGUCCAAGCCUGUGCCAAAUCACUACCAGUGGAAUUGACAAUAAGCCCAAAAGAGCUAACAACAGAUUUCCUCAAAGGUUUAAAUGAGAAAGAUAAAUGGAUUGUUCUUGAUGGUGCACCCAAGUAUGAAGAUACCAACAAUGAGUUAAUAGAAAUGAUCAAUGAAUCUGGGACAAUUGAGGCAUUUCAGCAGUUUGGAUGCGGAAAGAUCUUGGUCAGGAUGGAAAGUGAACUGCAUUGCGAGUGGGUCAUCAGUUGGUUGGAUGGCAGUCAGGUGACGGACGCCUCAGACACAAUAUCAGUGCUACGAGUCUGUGAUAUUGUCAAUGAUGAUCAACCUACUGGCCUCGACGUUGCCUCCGAAGAAGAUCCUGGCAACAAUAAUCUGCUGACAAAUGAAAAUAGCUGAUGGCGUUAUACGAUGUCCUGUUUCAAGAUAUCGAUGCUUGAAUGCCGGUGGGGCGUAAUCAAUUUCUUUUUACCAUGACUGCCGUCAUUUCCUUAGUUGUGUGACAUUUCCUUCUUAUAACUGAGACGAGGAAAUAAAUGUUUGGUCAAAGAAUUGAUACGUACCAAAAGCUGUACCUUAUUGUUGCACUUUUGCGAUGCUCUUUAUGUAAAUCCCUCACCAUCCCUUUCAAGAAGAGACAAUGUAAAUAACGUUUUCUGCUAAAAUGUGUUUGUUUCUUUCGUUUUUAUUCAUUCAGAUAAGAUGCAUGAUAAAUUUUAUUUAUCUUCGGUAGCAACAAGAUUAUUUUUCAGCUUUACAAAUUCUUUAGUUAUUUUCAAAGUUUGUGUUUUUAUUGAUCAUAAUUUAUUUCAUUUCUUUUUUGUACUUUUUGGUGUAAGCAAGCGAAGUGUAUUUGUUAGAAAGAGGGUCACUUUUAGAAUAAUAUUAUACCCACUCUCAUUGGCUUGUAUAAUAAGAAUUAUUCCCACUUAAAAGAUUAUUCAAUAUAGUUCUCCAGUGGGACGUCACAAUACUCCCAUAUAU